ACUUUUUUGCGGAACAGGAAAUAAUGGCUGUAAACCUCCCUCCCUAGGGGACGGGGUACACGUUCUAUGGCCCCACUGUCCAAAAGGGGGCUUACUUCCUGCGCUAACGUCGGGCUCUGGUCUGUGCUGACUGCUGUGGUGAGCACACCUGUGAACGGGGGGGGGGUUGAGCUAUAACUGGACCCGGUAACCCUGUCUACGGUAGACAGAACCCAUGGAGACACAUUUGGCAGUAGUUGCACGCUGCCCGAUGGUCUUUUAGUGACGUUAACGAUUCCACAUUCUAUUGGAGGGAAGCAUCAGAUUUUCGUUGCCCUGUGACAGCUCGCUGACCAGAGAACACUGAAAACUUGGGGACCGACUUGGCUAGGGGAGGCCCUACAGUAGCACUGGGGGCUACCUGCCCUAACAACCUCAUGUCCCCAGAUACAUCCCUCCACGGCCCCUCAGGACCACUCUUCUUUGAGGUCUUGGCCUUUAUGACCAUUCUCAGAUCAGGCCUAGUAGCAGACCGUGACUGUGGCCACCCGAUUCCCCUGGCUGCCUGCAUGGGUUGGUGGGCUGCCAUACUCACCUUCUGGGUCUCCCUCACACUAGUGCUGGCCCAGGCUCCACUCAUGGAUGCCCGGGUGAGCUCGAGACAACAGAGAAGGAACUGACUUUUUUUUUUUUUUUUUUGAAUGCCACCAUAUGUCAAGCUCACUCAGCAGGUCUGCUUGGUAGGCCUGCAACCCUGUCAUUGUCUGCAGUGACCCACAAGCAAGACUACUACUGGAUAGGCUUGCCCACCAAUGCCACGUUGGCCUUACAUGGUUUGGAUGCAAUCCGGCCCCCGUAAUUGUCUGCUGUCGGUGGAGAGAAGUAGCUCGCAAGCGCCUCCUCCACCUUGAGCAUAGCUGAAUAGCCAUGCCGUUCAUUCCCACAAUGGCCGAAUAAUCCAACAUCGUGGGGUUAUGAAUAUGGCUUAUGUGUGGUUUUCCCCCCAGAAGCCUGAGAUUUUGUAAUAAACUUUUGGAAGACAGGGGAGUUUCUGCAGUGUGAGGGAUUUACUUUCACUGGUUAAUCACUUCAAGCAGCUCUUUAUAUGCUGCUCUCAGUUUUUAACACAUCCAUCUAACUCCUCGGAGUCAGAGAGGAAUUAUUACCCUUUUGGCUUUCCAUAGCGGAAGGAGGAGUCGCGACGCGAGCUCCAAAAUCCAGCGGAGAGCCGAACCCGGAAGACAGAGCAAGAGAUAGAGCAGCGCUCAUCUCCGGCUCCUCUUCUGGAUCUAUAAGAGAUCCCCCGAACCUGAGACGGCUGGCUGCCUCGGAAGCGGCCGGCCCAGAUCCGCGAGGCUCUGAAACCCAACUCGCUUCGGCUUCCGUUUUUUUCUUGAAGAGCGCGAGACGCGAGCCGCGCUGCUUAAUAUGUGGUUGUAUCUUGUGCUCCUGGGGUGUGUAUGGGUGUGUGAAAGUUACCCCAGUGGAUUGGUUACAUCCAGCUGUGAUAACAUGCUUCCUUCUCACGGAAACAAUGCUCAGACCAGUACAGCACCGUACUCUGUUACAGCUAGCAGCACCAGCUAUAAAGAAGGAGACACCAUCACGGUGACUCUGAGUGCGACCUCAGGGUCUUUCACUGGGUUUUUGCUGCAGGCGAGGCUGGUGGGAGGUUCCAGUGUCAUCGGUUCCUUCAGUUUGGUAGGCUCUACCUCUCAGCUCCUGACCUGCUCUGGAUUGUCUAACUCCGCCGUCUCUCACACAUCAAAAGCUGGAAAAACACAACUCCAGAGUAAAUGGAAGGCACCAACAUCUGGCAAGCUCAACAACAUCGAGUUCAGAGCCACAUUUGUCCGUGAUUACGCCACCUUUUGGGUGGGAGUGAAGAGCGCACAGAUCACCUACACCGGCACAGCGACUGGUGCUGGGUACACCAACUCCACCUCCUCCAGCAUCUCCAGCGCAGGCUGCGGGAGCAGUAAGACAUGUGUAAGCCAGCCGAGUGACUGCGAUCCUUCCACCAACUCUAACUGCUACUUCAUGUCUGCCACGCCCUUGCCCUCAGGGUCAGAGUUCACGUUCGAGAUCUCUGGCCGUGCAGCCGGCUAUGUCUCCAUCGGCUUCUCAGACGACAAAUCGAUGGGUAAUGACGACAUCUACAUAUGCGGGAAGGACAAAAAUGGUGUGAUCCAGUUACAGCACGCAUUCUCAACAGGACCUACAACACCAACCACCAUCACUCUGGGGAAUGUGACGGUGCUUAGUACAUCAGAGAAUAAUGGAGUGAUCAGCUGCUCCUUCACAUCCAGGAACACCAUCAGCACCACGAGGAGCUCCACACCCUCCAACAGCUACUACAUCUUCAUCGCCAACGGUGCCACCAACAACGGUUUGAUCGCGAUGCACACCACCACACCCUUAAUUAGCAGCGCUAAGGUGGACAUCACCAAAACUCAGACACUGGGAACUGCAUCAGGGCUACCUUCCAUCAUUAAAGCUCACGGCUGUCUGAUGCUGAUUGCGUGGAUGACCACGGGCAGUAUGGGAAUGCUCAUUGCACGCUUCCUAAAGAGAGCUGCUCCGGGACAGAGGUUCUGCGGGAAAGACUUCUGGUUUGUGGCUCAUGUGUCGCUGAUGUUUCUCUCAGUUGUGGCAACCAUCAUUGCCUUUAUCCUGAUAUUUUCAUAUGAAAAAGACUGGAGUGGGGGAGCUCAUCCAGUCCUGGGCUGUUUGGUGAUGAUCCUCAGCUUUGCUCAGCCAAUCGGUGCCAUGUUCCGCUGCUCACCACAGGAAGAGAGGAGGUUUAUCUUUAACUGGGCUCAUGCUAUAAAUGCAUUAGCCAUUAAAGGGUUAGCAGUGGCUGCGAUCUUCACCGGCCUGCUGCUGGUCGAUAGCUCAGAAUCUCAGUGGAUGCCGAAGCUGAUGGGUGGAUUCGUGGCCUGGGAAGCAGUUCUCUUCCUCUGCCAAGAUUUUUACCACAAAUACAGCCAAAAAGAUAUGGAGGAUGUUAAUGGGGUGGGUACAGGCCUGCUUCUGCUGUUGUUGUUCUUCGUGGGAAACCUGGCAUUCCUGGUGGCUCUGCUUGUCGGAAUUGGAAAAGCGUAAUUACGGAAACAAUGUCCGCAAUUCUCAACCAGGUUUAAAAAAAAACAACAAAAAAACAACUCAGGAUAUGGAUAUAUAUAUAUAUAUAUAUAUAUAUAUAUAUAUAUAUAUAUAUAUAUAUAUUAAUCAGGCAUAUAAUAAGCACACUUAAACAAAUCUAUGUUCAUUUGUAUUGCACUCAUUCUGAUACUUCAGGAAUUUAUUCAGAAACUGUUACAUGCUUUUGUUUUUAAAAUCAUAAUUAUUUGCCAGAUUUAAUUUCCCUAGCAAGACUCCAUCAUACAUCACUAACUCCACUGGUGGUGUGAUAAAGAAGAAGAAGAAGUAGAAGCCUUUAUUGGUCACAUAUACAUUACAGCACAGUGAAAUUCUUUUCUUCACUUAUCCCAGCAUGUCAGGAAGUUGGGGUCAGAGCGCAGGGUCAGCCAUGAUACAGCGCCCCCUGGAGCAGAGAGGGUUAAGGGCCCAAUAGUGGCAGCUUGGUGGUGCUAGGGCUUCAACCACAGACCUUCUGACCAGUAACCCAGAGCCUUAACCGUUAUGUAUUAGAAGUUCCUUUUCUCACUUACUGUCAUUCCCUCACCAGCCUCUCUGUUCUCGCUUCUUUGAAGAAGUGACUGAA